GAAUCUAAUAUAAUGCAUGACUUAGAUAUUACCAUUGAUUAUUCUGAAUUAGAAGAUCUUACGUUUAUAGUACAAGGAGGUUUUGGCGAGGUUUAUGCAGGACAAUGGAAGAAACAACGCGUAGCAGCGAAAUUUGUUAACCGUGAAGAUCCUAUGAGAUCAAAAGAUUUUGAGCGCGAGCUAACGCAUCUGAGAGAAUCUAAAAACUGUGAAGAAUAUAUCAUACAGUUCCUUGGAUUAUCUCAAGAAGAGCGAGAAAUAGGAAUGCCGAUGGAUUAUAUAAAAAUAUACGAAAGAUGUUGGAUUCCAGAUCCUUCAGUUAGACUUGAAAUUUCCAACAUAUUAAAUGCUCUUAAAAAUCUUAAGAAAGAGCCAACUUGUACGGCAGAAGACAUUCAACCUACAG